GCCCCGAAAGAGAAUACAGUUAAUGAUUUAUGGCGAAUGGUAUGGCAAGAGAAGAGUAAAUCUAUUGUUAUGCUAUGUAAUAUCAUGGAGUGUGGCAAAAAGAAAUGUGAACAGUACUGGCCGAAUACUGAAGGUGCAACGAAAGAAUAUGGCACAUUGAAAGUAACAUGUAACAAGAUCACGCAAGAAGAGAGUAUGUUAACCAUAAGCCGUUUGAAUGUCUCGGAUGGAAGUGUGGACUUAAGCGUCGAACAUAUUGCGUGGAACAAUUGGCCGGAUCGCGGAGUACCGCCGAAUUUCUUGGCUCCUUUCAGACUUCUUCAACGACUCAAAGGUCAAGUCAAUAUCAUCAUCCAUUGCUCUGCAGGUAUUGGACGUACAGGCACAAUCGUAGGUCUUGAUAUGGCAGAGUGUUUGUUUUCGAGUGGUAAACCAGUGAAUAUGGCCGAUAUUGUCAAAGAAUUACGAAAACAACGAAAUGGUUCUGUACAAACUGAUAUUCAAUAUGUUUAUAUGCAUCGAUGUUUGGUUGGAUUAUGUGAAAACAAAAAGGUAAUGAAACGAGAGGAACUAUCCAAUUUCAUCAAAGACUUCGACGUGGUUGCCGCUGCUAGAGGCAAAUGA